AACCACUGAGUGAAACCCAGGAAAAAGAUUACUUUUGAAACUUGGAUCCGACAGGGAAAAUGGGGAGUGUGAUUGCGGAGGAGAACGGAGGGGGGAGCAUGAUGAUGAAGGGUUCGAGCAGAGAGCUUAGACAUGGGAGAACGGCUCAUAACAUGUCUUCUUCUUCGCUGAGGAAGAAAUCCGAUCUCAGAAUCAUCCAGAAGGUUCCGUGCAAAUGUCUUAAAGAUUUCCUCGCCAAUCUGCAGGAAGUCAUCCUCGGAACUAAACUCUCUGUCCUGUUUCCCGCCAUCCCUCUCGCCAUUAUCGCCACCUCCUUCGGCUUCUCCCGCCCAUGGAUAUUUGUAUUUAGCUUGCUGGGACUGACACCUCUGGCCGAGCGCGUCAGCUUUCUGACAGAGCAAAUUGCUUUCUACACCGGUCCCACAUUGGGAGGUUUGCUGAACGCGACGUGUGGAAACGCGACGGAGCUGAUAAUAGCGGUGUUUGCGUUAGCGAAUAGGAAGAUCGAUGUGGUGAAAUACUCAUUGCUCGGUUCCAUUCUCUCCAACCUCUUGCUCGUUCUCGGCACUUCCCUCUUAUGCGGCGGCAUUGCCAACCUCCGUAGAGAGCAACGGUUCGACCGGAGACAAUCAGAUGUGAACACCUUGUUGCUGCUGAUGGGGCUGCUCUGUCACUUGCUGCCAUUGUUGUUCACAUACGUCGGAGGAGGAGACUCUUCUUCUUCCUCUACGAUUUCCGACGCCACUCUCAGUCUCUCCCGGGCAAGCAGUAUCGUCAUGUUGAUCGCUUACGUCAUUUACAUCGUCUUCCAGCUCUGGACUCAUCGUCAGUUGUUCGAGUCCCAAGAGGACGAUGAGUACGAUGAUGAUGUUACCGAUGAUGAAACUCCCGUGAUCGGAUUCUGGAGCGGAUUCGCUUGGUUGGCCGGGAUGACUGUUGUCAUAGCUUUGCUAUCAGAGUAUGUCGUGGCCACGAUCGAGGAUGCUUCGGACUCUUGGGGAUUAUCAGUCAGUUUCAUAAGCAUAAUAUUGCUUCCCAUUGUCGGAAACGCGGCCGAGCACGCGGGAGCCAUCAUUUUUGCCUUCAAGAACAAACUCGACAUAUCUCUUGGCGUCGCGUUAGGUUCCUCGACUCAAAUCUCCUUGUUCGUGGUCCCAUUGUGCAUUGUGGUGGCGUGGAUUCUUGGAAUCGACAUGGAUCUCAACUUCAACAUCCUGGAGACAGGUUCUCUUGCCUUGGCGAUUAUUGUCACAGCUUUCACCUUACAGGACGGAACUUCUCAUUACAUGAAGGGGCUUGUACUCUUGCUCUGCUAUCUCAUCAUCGCCGCCUGCUUCUUCGUCGACAGAAUCCCUCUACAACAACCGAAGGCGAGCGGCUUGGGACUUCAACCGUUGACCAUCGUCGGCAGCGGGGGAGAAGUCUUCUCAACUUCUUCUGUCUGAAAAUCCCAACGGAUUCAGUGAGGACCUGAUGAUGAAGGCAAGGCUCAUCUCCCUCUGCCUUUGGAGGGCCCUUCUGAUCUCUCUCUCUCUAGAGUUUUGUUCUGUCUCUUUGUUUUUGCUUUUCUUUUCUUUUUUUAAUAUGUGCCAAAUUUAUUUUUGAUUGCAACCUUAAUAAGAUCAUAUCAAUGGUUCUUUUGUUUUUCGUUUU